AUGGAAGCACCGCCUGCAGCCUCGCCUUCGCCGUCAUCGGCAGAGGAGGCCGCCCCGCCAGCGGUGCCCCGCAUGUCGGUGUUGGCGGACAACGCGUGGACCUACAUGCAGCACAUCGUGGCGGGCACGUCGGCCGGGUUCACCGCCGAGCUGCUGCUGUUCUGUGUCGAAAUCAGGAACUACCCCACCGUCUUCAAGACCGAGGGCGCCGACCCCCGGCACUGCGUCCGCUGGCGCAACACGUCCCUCAACCUCAAAGAGUUGGGGCGGCAGUUCGGGUCGAUUGCGUCGAACAAGGCGCCGGUGGCGGGCUUGGUCAUGGCCUCCUACGACCUCUUCAAGCGGGAGAUCAGUGUGCGACUGAACGCCUUCAACAAGCGACGCACUGAUGAAGGAGCUCAGAUGCUCGAGGCUUUCCUCAUGAACCCCAUCUUCGUCAUCAGGCAUGCCCCCAUUCCCCUGAGCGCGCAUGUGCGGGGUCACUUCGACCACGUCGCCGAGCCGGUCCGUUCGCCCCCGUCGGUGUGGCAGGCCACCCGGGACCUCUUUCGCGAGGGAGGCCCGCGAGCGUUCUGGCGCGGGUAUUGGGCCACGGUGGCGUCGGGCGCGCCGUUCAUCAGCUGCUACUACGCGUUUGCGGAGAUGUUCGGACAGAUGAUCGCGCAUCGCGCCGGCUAUGCGUCGCCUCUCGAUCUGCCGCUCCACCUGAGCGCCCUCGCUGGCGGGUGCGGUGCUGGAUUGGCCGUGGCGAUCACCACGCCGUUGGAGAUACUGCGCCAGCGGGGUCUCACCGAGUGGCACCACUGGAACCAGACCAAGGAAGUGCUCCUCAGUCAGGGCUUCGUUCAGGCGGUGAAAUCGGUCAAGUCGCGGUGCAGGCAGGAGCUGCAGGACAAGCUGUUCCGGGUGGCACCCCGGUCGGCCGUGAAGAAGGCCACCUACGGCUUCUUCAAGCAGGCCAUCAUCCGUGGCAUCAAGGCCGGCGCCCGCGCCUCCAUUCGCCGAUGA